GGGUGUUGUUUCCAAUCCUGCUGCUAAGAACAAUAUGCCAGGCAAAGUGGUCAGGCAGAACAGUGCUGGCCAGCAAGGUCAAGGUCAAAACCAAGGGUCCGCAUUUUCAGCAACGGGCCCCUAAUAUGGGACAGCCGAGAUUUGGCCCCAGGCAAUCCCAACAGUUAGGUGGUCCACAUGGGCCAAGACAGAUUGGACCAAGGCAACAUUUCCCUGGUAACCGACCUACUGGUCCAAGGGUAGGACAACAGGCUCUUGGUCCAAGGCCUACUGGUCCUGGAAAUAACAUCCGACCAAAUAUAAAUGUCCAACGUCAAAACUCUCAGCAAGGCAACCAGAACAGAAAAGUGAAUAUGCCUUUGACUACAUCUAAGGGAAAUUCUAACCAAAAUGCUAACACUGGCAAGGAUACUGGUAACUUGGUGUUGAAACAGAAGGUUACCAUUCUGAAAAAGGACAUUCAUGGAAAAGUGAUUUCUAGAACAGUUGUGUUGAAGAACAUUAACAAACCUGCUGUUAAAGAUGAACGUCAGGUGACCAUUCCUGGCGGUAGCACUCAGAGAACAGUGGUCAGCAAACCUGCUGGACCUAUUCAGAGAAAAGUUGUCCAGAAUCAGGAAGGCAGGAGAGUAGUGGUAGGAGACUCACCUCCCUUGUCUAAGGUUGUGUCUAUCGACAACCUGUCAGUAUCCACCACAGAGGCUAACAUCAGGAAGAUGUGCUUUGGCAUCGGAGAAGUUGAGAGCAUCCAGUUACUGAAGGGUCAGAAGAAAGCCACUGUGACCUUCCGUGAAGCUAACAGUGCCGCUCAGUUCUCCAAGAAGUUUAACAGGCACAUGCUGGAUCUGUCCCACAUCAACGUGACACAUCUACCCAUCUGAUGGAUCUACUGUCCAACACUUAGACAAACUGAACCUGGGCAGCUGUGAUGUUCAGCAGAGGGAAAGAUGGAAGGCUGAAUUGGAAAAGUCAUGUUCUCCAGGAAUUAGGAGUAUGACAAAGUUGACCUCUGUGACAACUAGUUGAUACAGAAAAGGCAAUUACUUUGAGUCUUUCUGUCUGGUCGAGGGGCAUUUACAGGAGAGAAAGUAUGGCAGUCUUUUUGUCUCUGCCAUAAUAGUCUGUAUUGUAGAUUAUUCAGGCUGAAGUCCUAAUCUGAUUGACUCAGUCCUCCCCUGUAAGCCUUGGUGUGGACGUUCUCCCCCUGUCAGCAUCAGUUUGCUACAGUGAAAAAAAUUCAGAAACAUUGUAAAACUCCUCACCAGAUGUCUGAAAUCCAUACAUUCUGGAAAAAAUGCUCAUAAGACUGAUGUUGUUUGAUAAUUAAAUAGAUCAUAAAGAGCUGAUCAAGGUUUAGAUUUUAGAUUCAUGUUCUUAUUGGAAUUAUUAAUAAGAAUUGAGUUUGUGAAAGUUAAGAUGGUUCAUGUUAAAUCCGGAGAUUGUAAGUUAAGGAAUUAGAGAUUAAGACAAAGCAGGUUUUGAUACCGGUUGUAUGGUACCGAUUGAGAGUGAUAGGAAAAACAAAAUUAAAUAAGUUUGUGAAAAAAAGAGGAUUUGUAAAUCAGUAAAUCUGUUAUCAGAAGAAAAUGUUAAUUAAGGCAAAGAGGUUAAAAUCUAGGAAUGUUACAUUUUUUUUUUAAAGUUUUGGUGUAUUAAGCUGUACAUAUAUAGUAAGUCGCACGAAGGAAUAAAUAGACAUGCAAUCAAGAUAAAGGAUAAAUUAAGGAGUAGUAGGUUUAGAUAUUAUUUUGUAUCAUCUUUUAUAUGGAAGGUUUAGAGUAUGUUUAUUGUAAUUACACUAAAUUAUUGAGUUAUAGAAAGAACAAUUGAUGUGAUUGGUUGAAAACAACAGUAGAUUGUUUGUGAAAUAAAAAAGGAUUUUUAAUGGA